AUGUCUACGCAUAAUUUAAAUGAAGCGGUGGAUAAUUUCACCACAUCUUUGAUUUCGGAUAUCCAAUCCAAAUCGUCAAUUGUUGAAAUACAAGAUGUAAAAAUCACCAAAAAUGACACUAUGAAAACAAAAAUUGAUAAACUUUUAAUUAUACUACAACAGCCCAAUCAUCCACCAGUACUAUGUCACGGUAUCACUCGUGAUGUCCAAAAACUAAUUUCGAUAAUUGAGAUUGUGAAACAAAAACACCAGGACCAAUUGGCUAACGGAUCUAGAUCGAAAUUGCAUCAGUAUAAUUGCUUACUACGAGUACGAACUAAAGAAAAUCCAUACAAAAAACAGUCCAAGUCUAGUAGUAGUAAAGAAUCAGAAGCCGAAGUUGAAGUUGUUGAUUUCACCAAGGCUUUGAAAGUUGCUGGCGCCAGGCAAGAGGAUAGGUAUGGUCGUCCAAGCUAUUCAGAUGUCGUUUCAGAUAAAGAUGGCAAUGAAACUGUUGUUCAUGAAGCUAAUCUGUAUUCCAACUACCGUGAUACACCUGCAGGACAAGGAGCUAUUCGUAUACCGAUAUUACCUACCCAAAGGGAAAUAGAAGAAAACAAGAAGAAGAAAGUGGAGAAAAAGAAGACGAAAGUUGAAAAGGAGGCAGACGAAGCUAGAAUGGAGAUUAUAGGUGAUAAAGUAUAUGAUGUUCCUGUGAUGUAUGUUUUGCUAAGUACUAUUGAUCUAUCAUCAUAUUUAGAUAGUGAUUGGACAGUGCAAUGUUGA